UACAUAAUCACGUGAUUGGGUUUUUAUUUACAUAACCUCAAAAUCCAAAAAAGAAAAACCAAAAACCUGUUUGGAAUUGUUAAUUAAAGAUUUUCUUCUUUGUUUGGUAAUGUAAUUGUUAACAUGUCUGAAGGAUUUAUUCAUUCAGUUAAAGUACCGAGGCUGUAUAAAACUGUUGCGAAAAUUGUACAAAACGUUCAGGAAAACGGAGCAAGUCUUAAACAAUUGAUUUACGAGCAAAAGCACACGAAUGUGCAGGGUGUCUACGCAUUGGCGUUUAAUACCGUUCGUCAUGGGGAUCAAUUGAAUCAGCUAAUACGCAAAACUCAAAUUCUCUUCAAAGAACAACGUUUGGAUCCGUGGUUAACUCGUGUUUUGAUAACAGAAUUAAUAUGGGGCAAGCAGUGCUUAAAAUCAGAGUCCAAGCCCAUUCAAACGGUUAUUUCAUACGAGAAAGAAUUACGAGAGGAAAUGAAAAAUAUCACAGAAGAUGUAGAUUUAUCCAAAAAAGUUGAAAAACCACGAUAUGUGAGAGUAAAUACAUUAGCGAUGAGUGUGAACAAUGCAAUAAUAAAUUUUCAAGAAGAAGGUUGGAAUUUUCAAUCUGGAUUUGAUAAUUAUUCCUCAUUUUUGAAAAUUAUUUCAAAUUUGAAUAAGGAAACAUUUGUUCAAGAUUUUCAUAUUCCAGAAUUACUUAUUUUUCCUCAUGGAACGGCAUUUUUCAAUCAUCCCGGUUAUAAAUCUGGUAGAAUUAUUUUACAAGACAAGGCGAGUUGUUUUCCUGCAUUUCUUUUAAAUCCACCGAUUGGAUCUACGGUUUUGGAUAUGUGUUCAGCACCCGGAAUGAAAUCGACACAUUUGGCAGCAAUUCUUCAAAAUAAAGGAAAAAUUUUUUCCGUGGAAAUGGAUGAAAGGAGAUUCAAGACGCUUUGUGAUUUUAUCGAAUUGACGAAUUCUACGUGUGUCGAAACUAUUAAUAAAGAUGCUCUAACUGUUGAUUCAAAACAGUGUCCAAAUAUUGAAUAUAUUCUCGUUGAUCCCAGUUGUUCUGGAUCAGGGAUGGUGGACAGAGAGAAAGUCAGUGGAAAAAUAGAAAAAUGCGCACCUGGUCGAUUGAGAAGUCUUCAAUCGUUUCAAGUUCUUCUUUUACGACAUGCACUUCUCAAUUUUCCAUCGGCAAAGAAAAUUAUUUACAGCACGUGUUCAAUUCAACCCGAAGAAAAUGAGCACGUGAUAGAUGAAAUUCUCACCGAUAUUGGCGAUGCUUAUAAACUUGUUUCGCCUAAAAAUGUACUCAAUGAAAAUUGGUUAAAUUUCAGUUCUCUCAAUUAUAAUUGCAAAGACAAUUGUUUAUACGCAAGACCCGAUGUGGAUUUAACUAAUGGAUUUUUUGUCGCUGUUUUUGAACGAAAUUUUGAUGUUCCUCUACCUGAAUAUAAAAGAAGAUUAAAAGUAAAAAACAAUAAAAAUACAGAAAAUAAUUUUAAUGAAAAAAAUGACGACAAUCGAGAAAAUGAAAUGGAAGUGGCAGAAAAUAAAUGCGAAAAAAUAGACGAAACUUCAAUGGAAAGUAAAGAAUGGAAAUUAACUGCUUCGCAAAAAAAGCGAAUGAGAAGAAGAAAAAAGUUCAAUCAACAAAAUUCGAAGGAGGAAAAUAUUCUUCAAGAAGAUAAUUCAAAUUCUGAAUUAAAAUCCAAUGAAUUGGAAGAUAAUUCGAAAAUUAAUUUGAUAUUGAAUGAGGAGUUAGAGGAGAAAAAGAAGAAAAAAAAGAAUAAGAAGAAUGAAACUGAAAAUUGUUCCGAAGAAAAUGAAUUUAAGGAAAAACCAAAGAAGAACAAAAAAUCGAAUAUUUCAAAAGAAAUUGAUAAUAUUUCACAAGAGGAAGAUUCUCAAUCAAAGAAAAUGAAAAAGAAGAAAAGAAAAUUAGAAGAAAAUUCUCUGUCUAUAAAAACUGAAUCAGAAGAAAUUUCAAAAUCGAGUGAAAAAGAAAAAUCUAAAAAAACCAAGAAAAGUAAAAUAGAAGAACAUUUAUCAGAUAAUGAAGUUUUAUCACAAGAGGAAGUCACGGAUAAAAAGAAUAAGAAACGCAAACAUAACGAGGACACGAAUAAUUCAAUAAAUGAGAAUGACGAUCUUUCAACAAAGAAAAAGAAGAAGAAGAAGAAGAAAAAAGAGACAAAUGAUUGUUAGAUUUAAUUUUUUCAUUGUUUUUUUUUU